GUGUGUGCGACAACUCUAUUUCUCUCUCUCUCUCAGUUGCGUUCUAUCGACACUCGCAUGAUUCAGCCAAGUUCUAAGCGUUUUAUUGGUUCAGGUAUUCUUUGCUUCAUCGUAACAGUGGCGUUUGUAGUUUACAGCGAUGACGUGUAUGAUGUCCUGACGCCAGUUCACUAUAAAGACCAUAUCGGCGCUACGUUGUUGACGUCGGAAAAUUAUUCUUUGGUGGACUCGGAGCCCGGGGAGUUAUUACCUGCCAACAUUACACAGACUCUUGUCUCCUCCUUGGGGUACGAUGACCGAACUAGCAUAUACCAGUCAAGACGAGAUAAAAUAUAUCAGGCGUGUGAAAAAUAUGAAAACAGGUUCAAGAAGCAUCGCCAUAAACUUCCUCUUCACAAUUUAUAUAUCAGCCAGAAACACAAGUUUAUAUAUUGCGCUAUUCCGAAAGUUGGCUGCACAAACUGGUUCAAGACUUUACUUGUUCUUUCUGGUCAAUUCAAACAAGAUGACGUCAUCGGGUGGAGGGAAAUCAAUCUAUACAGACGGGCUCACUAUGGGGGUCUACGCGAAUAUAACAAAUUAGUGGGAUCCGGACGAGUGGGAGAGUUUAUCCGAUUCGUGGUCGUGCGACAUCCAUUCACCCGCCUAGUGUCAUUGUUCGCCCAAAAGCUCGAUCGAAGACCUGACCGGCGGCUAAUAAGCGAGCUCCUUUCAAAGAUGCAACAGAUAACCGAGUCGAACUCGUCGACUAUGAACUUUCACAACUUCGUGGACUACCUCAUCAAAACAAAGGAACCGACUGAGACAUGGAACUCCCAUUUCAGACCGAUGCACUUGUUAUGUUUCCCAUGCAACAUCGAUUACGAUAUUAUUGGACAUUUAGAAACGAUCCACGAGGACUCGGAGUACUUGUUUCAUGAGAUCGGUUCCACACUAUCGUAUCCGAAAAAAUCCUCGCGCACCGCCACCAACAGUUCGACCACCGAUAAUCUUCUCCGCUAUUUCAGUACGAUUUCUGAUGACCAAAUAUGGAAUUUAUACAAGAUUUACAAAAUGGAUUUUGAAAUGUUUGGUUAUUCUCCUUCAGAAUUUUUUCCAUUCCCUAAUAAGAAUCGAACACAAAACAUUAUUAUUUAAAUAAUAAACCA